GCGCCUGAAACAUUUAAAUUGCAGCUUUGGAGAAGUUUUGGUCGCGUGUUUGCAGGUUUUCGGCCAAGUCGUACGAUUUUUGUUUUAAAUCGGUGGCUACACAGUUAAUCAGCAUAGACCUGCGUGUAGCAUUCGGGCCAGCAGAGUCCGACAAACGAUUGUUAGCUGGAUAAGAUAGACCCACCAUACAUUGCAACAUGGAAAUGGAGAAAAGAAUUAACUUGGAGCUGCGAAACAGGAAACCAUCUGAGGUGAAGGAAUUGGUUCUAGAUAACUGUCGUUCAGAUGACGGCAAGAUUCAUGGCCUGACUGCCGAUUUCGAAAAUCUGGAGUUCCUGAGUAUGAUCAAUGUCAACCUGGUCAGCCUCGACAAUCUCCCCAAACUUCCCAAGCUACGCAAGCUAGAGCUGAGUGACAACCGGGUCUCUGGGGGCCUGCAGGCCCUGGCAGAGAGGACACCAAACCUCGGCCACCUCAACCUGAGUGGGAACAAGAUCAAAGACCUCAGCACGCUGGAGCCUCUGAAGAAGCUGCCCCAGCUGACCAGUGUGGACCUGUUUAACUGUGAAGUGACCAUGCUGCUGGAGUACAGGGAGAGCGUGCUGGAUCUGCUGCCUCAGAUCACCUACCUGGAUGGCUUUGACGCUGAUGACCAGGAGGCUCUGGACUCCGACCCCUCCGGUGGGGAGGAUGAGCUGGAUGACGAGGAUGAAGAUGGGGACAGUGGUGGUGAGGAAGAGGAUGAAGAUGGAGACCUUGAUGAGGAAGACCAGGAUGUGGAGGAUGAAGAUGACGAAGAUGAUGAUGACGGCGAAGUUGAAGCUGAGGAUGAGGUAAAAUAUGGUGAUGAGGAAGAUGAGGAGGAAGCUGACAGCGAUGAGCUUGAUGAGGAAGAUGAUGAUGAAGAUGCUGGCCGGGGAGAGAAGAGGAAGAGGUGUGCUGAGGAUGAGGAUGAUGAAGAUGACGAUGAAUGAAGUCCACAAGAUGGGCGCAUGCUGUUUAUGCGGACGCACUGACUUUCCGGACUAGUUCAGACCAAAGACUGAAGCAAUUUUCUGGAGCGGGGGGAGAGGGGUGAUGUGCAUGGGGCCGAUUUAAAUCAUUAGCUUGAGUUCUACC